GACGUGUCGGGGGCCAGCUCACCCCGCGGGGGACUCUCCAAAAUGCUCCGCCUGGUUCCCGUCCGGGUCUCGUGUUUACAAACCCCCAGGACAUCCCGCCUGCUCCCGAGCCCCUGAAACCACCCCCUGGCCCUGAGCGCCAGGUGUCAGUAACCGGAGGGGAAAAGUCUGAAAAGGAGCCAAGAGUUGGGCUUUUAUCUGCCAUUUCAAAGCAAAACACAGCGUGGAAACGCCAGGUCCCAUGCGGAUGAGGAGCCCAGAGCUCGAUGCCCCCUCUGUCCGGUGACCGGUGCUCUGUGACGGUGCCGGGAGACGUCUGCCAGAGGCCCGCAGGAUGCAGAGCGCCCAACACCGCUUUCAGGCCAUACCAGUUGCCCUCUGCCUCCUCCUGGGCAUUGGGACAGCAGCCCCAGAGUCAUUCCAUGUGCUGGGUCCCGCCAGCCCCGUCUCCGCCCCGCUGGGGGGCACUGUGCUGCUGCCCUGCCACCUCUCUCCCGCACUCAGUGCCCAGGCCAUGCAGGUGAAAUGGAGCCGUCCCCAGCUGGGCCAGGAUGUCCACGUGUACCUGCCGGACGGGAGCGAGGUACAAGGAACGGGCUACCAGGGCAGGACAGAGCUCGUCAUCCAGGGCCUGGCCAACGGGAAUGUCUCCCUGAGGAUCCGGGACAUCCAGCUGUCAGACGAAGGGCAGCACUUGUGCGAGGUCCAGUCACCUACUCACUACAGCACGGCCCUGCUGGAGCUCAGCGUGACAGGCUCUGGCUCAGACCCCGUCCUGCACAUGGCUGGGCACAAGGACUUGGGGGUGUGGGUCUUGUGUCUCUCUGCGGGGUGGUACCCGGAGCCCCGCGUGAUCUGGAGGAAUGGCCGCAGGGAGACCCUGAGCCCCGAGUCUGAACAGAAACCGCGCAGUGACAACGGCCUAUUCAACGUCUCCAGCUCCUUGGUGGUGACUGAGAGCUCGGACCCAGCACUGACCUGUACUGUCAGAGCCGGCUUCUCCGGCCCAGAGAGAGAGACAACUAUUCGUAUCACAGGGCUCUUCCCCAGGCUUGCCCCGGAAAUGACAGCCUUUCUCAUCUUUCUACCAGUAUCUGUUUUCCUCGUGACUUUGGCUGUUUAUCUUUUCCGAAAGCUCCGGGUACUCAAAGAGGAGGUGUCCAAAGAGCGCGAAUGGAGACAAUUUCUUGAUAAAGUGUCCCUGUCAGCAGCAGAUGUGACGCUGGACCAGAACACUGCCAACCCCUUCCUGGUGCUCUCAGUGGACAGCAGGAGUGUGACGUGCGGCAUCCUCUGGCAAGACGUCCCCAAGAGUGACCAGAGAUUUGACCCCCUCCCCUGCGUCCUGGCCUCCCAGUGCUUCGCAGCCAGGCAACACUACUGGGACGUGGAGGUGGGCCAGUGGGGAGACUGGGCCAUCGGGGCAGCCCUGGGCACCAUGGAGCGCAUGGGGGUGUUCCAGCUGUCCCCGGAUGUGGGGGUCUGGGCCCUGCAGUGCCAGGAGGGGGAGUGGAGUGCUCUCACCUGCCCCGAGACCCUGCUGGAGCUGGAGUCAGCACCCAGGAUAGUCCGGGUGCACCUGGACUGCGAGCGGGGGAGCCUGGCCUUCUACAACACCGAGGGCAUGUCACACAUCUUCACCUUCACCGGCUGUUCCCGGAAACCUCUCUUCCCCUUCUUCUUGCUCUGGACCUCUGGGACUCAGCUGACCAUACUAUGUCCGGGGCAGAGAAAGGCCAUGCAGAUGGACAGGACAACAUGUACAGUAACACCCAAACUGGGGAAAAGGCAGGGCAGUCUUAUAGAACUUCUGAUCAUGCCAGGGCAGAGUUAAGGGUGUUUGGCUGGGAAUUCCCUUGCGUUCAAAGGGGCAAAAUUAAGAAUGUUAAAUUCCUUUGUCUUCCAAGGGGCAGAGUUAAGGGUUUUAACCAGGAAUUUCCUUGCAAAGGGACAGUGUUACGGAUGUUUGCCCAGGGAUUUCCUUUCUUUCAAAUAGCUGCUUGAUUAGAAUUGAAUUGUUAAUUUACAGGGUGAUGCUGAACAGAGUUAGAUCGUGUCUGCUUUUGGCAGUUGGGUGAUCCUCUGACUUUUGUAUUGUGCCUUAAAACAUCUGCCCAAAAUAGUUAUUACUGAAUGAACCUAUUUUACUGAGGGCUUAGAACUUACCUAUUUUUUAAAAGGCAUGUUUUAUUUCAAUAUUUGAACCAAUUUUGGCUACAGCCAGGGAACCAGGCACAAUCAGACUUUCCUGUGGAGAUGCAACUACUACUCAGUAUUACCAGCCGGCAAAACUCCAAAGCUUAAAUGUUUACACAGGAAACUUUAUUUGUAAACUUGUUUCAUUUUCCCCUGGAACCAACCUAAGUCUACAUAAGGGUAUUUAACUGUGAAAUUAACAUUGAGAUACACAGCUCAUUCUUUCUUAGCAUGGGAAGUUCCCAUCUGAGAUCAGGGCCCUGGUGUGAUGGGCUGUGCCCAGACACAUGGUGACCGAGAGCGGGGCAGAGCUGGGAACUGUCCCCAUGUUUAUUGAGUCCCGAUACAAUGCCUUAACCAUGAGCCCAGUCAUGCACAGCCAGGUGCUGGCUGGUGCCCAUGCAGUUCCCCUGAUUGGGCAGAGAACCUGAGACCUAUGUGAGGAAACCUCCUGGGCAGCAGUGAUAGCACGGGCUGGGGCUUUGCGGGGGUGGGGUGGGGGGCUGAUCUUUGUGGGGGGGAUUCCAGCCUGUGGCAGGAUGUGAGACUGUGAUACAAAUGGAGCAUGAAAAAUCCUCGUUGUGGUGCUUUUAUCUUCCCCACACACACACACACACACACAGUCUCCUUUGUUUAUUCAACUUUGUCUGUCUUUGCUUCAGCAUCUUUGGUUUGUUUAUUUCAGUUCCUUUCUGAUUCACUUUUGGGAAUGAAAUGAACAGCAGCGAUUCCUGACCCCUGGGAAUCACAGGGGACAGGGGGCCCUUAACCCCUAUCUGGCCAGGAAAGACAGGGGCCAAUUGGCGUGGUUUGAUCCUUGACAAGUCCCAUGUGGCCUUGGAAGAAAGCAGAGUCUGGGGCCAGUCAGGACCAGAGCAGACCAGCUCUGCAGGUUUUGGGAAGGAGGCAGUUCAGAUGCUGGAAGCUACCGAUCAAACUUUUAUUCCAGCCUCCAGAGUGAAAGGGGACAUGCGUCUGACUUCUCUCUUCUGGGAGCCAGACGCACCACUUGGGGUGGCCCUGUGACAGCAGCCAGGCCUGCUUGUGCAUGUGCAUUUACCAUGAUUGUGCACACAGCACAGUCUGUGCAAAAUCCAAGCCCAACCAGACACCUGCUCCCUGUGUGCAACCCCCCUCCCCCCCACACAUGACUGUUACCAUGGCUGUGCGGAACACGGAACUAUCCGUGCAAACCCAGUGUACUCAUGGGCAGAGUUGGGUGGGAAUGGGGGGGUUGCCCCCCCCCAACAUUGUAUAUGUUGAAAGUGGGGUGUGUGCACAAUUUAAAGGUUUGUCCACCACCCCUGAACAGCUUGAGUCUCCACCCCCCCCCCCCGGGCAGGCCCCCCGCCCCGUUACCCUCAGGCUCCCCUCCCAGAAAGCAGUGGCCUCUCCCAGCAGCACCCAGCUGCUGCUCCUGCCUCUCCCCGCGGGGUGUGGCUGGCGGUUCACCUGGCCUCCAAAGGGAGGGCUACUCUGAGUCAACAGGAAACCCACACAUGGGAGUGAGGCAGCCCUGCCCCCACCCCAUGGCCCUGGUUGUGACAUUAUUAAUAUGAACUGGGACCGUAUAGAUCAUUGUUGCAACCAAGGUCCUGUAAUGGCACUAAAUCUUGUAUAAAGGGGAUCAAAUAAGGUGUCUUAAGACAAGGUUAUGGUUGCUGGUUAUGAUUAUGCUAUCUGGGGGCAGGUAUCGUUUUUGUAUUUAAAGUUACAAGUAUUGGCGCUAUACUGCCUGUAUUUCAAACUGGUGCUAUGCUUCUGGGUGACACCCCAGAUAAUAUGGCAUCAGCACUGCCUAGCCUGCUUGAUGGCCCAUUAAGGACCAUCAGCUAUACAACUGACCCAUUGAGAGAAGGCAGAUACAGCUGGUGACUCAGCAAGGCAUGCAGGGACAUGCCUAUGGCCAGAACUCUAAGGUUUUUCUAUGCCAUGUGCUGGAUAGUGUGUCUUUGGGACAAAGAAAGCAGAGAUCACAUGGCAAGAGACUAUAAAAAGGCUGCUGCAGCUCCUCCAUCUUUUCUUCAAUCCUGCUUCUUACUUCUGGAGGGACUUUGCUACAAACUGAAGCUCUGAACAAAGGAUUGAAUGACCCAUCCCAGCUGGGGAGGUUCCAGAGCCUUGAUUUGAACCUGCAGUUUAUUCCAUCACUGCUACAAGUCUGAACCAAGAACUUUGCGUUUACUGUAUUUAAUUGAUACCAUUUAACCAAUUCUAGCUCUCAUCUAUAUCUUUUUCCUUUUAUGAAUAAACCUUUAGAUUUUAGAUUCUAAA